AUGUCUGAAAUUGUAAACUUGUCGCCGUCUCUGAGAUCUUUAAACCCAAAGGUCUCACCUUUGGUUCCUCCUCGCUCUUUCUAUCAACACCCGAGAUUAAAGUUUCUAUCUUUUCCCGAGAAAAUCAGCUUGGUAACGAAGAGAAUCCGAGCAAUCGAUGCACAGAAGCAAGGGAUAGAUGACUCCCCUGUCUCGAUCGAGCUAGGUCCGAUAAGUAGCGAGAGCCAAUUCGAUGAGGUGAUGGAGGAAGCUCAGAAGGUCGGUGAAUCAGUUGUAAUCGUCUGGAUGGCAGCUUGGUGCAGGAAAUGUAUAUACUUGAGGCCCAAACUCGAAAAGCUUGCUGCUGAGUUCUAUCCAAGGUUGCGGUUUUAUCAUGUUGAUGUCAACGCUGUGCCAUACAGACUUGUUUCUCGUGCAGGAGUUACGCUAUGGAGAAAUAACCAGAAGCAAGCUGAAGUUAUCGGUGGCCACAAAGCGCAUUUUGUGGUUAACGAAGUGCGGGAUAUGAUAGAGAACGAUUCAAUCAGUUGCUAA